UAAUGUCUAUAGAUUAUUUAAGCUAUUAAAAAACAAAGGAACACAUUUAUUGCAAUAAAUCUGUUUGCAGAGCAUGCGGCAUAGGUACUCACCUACAUACAUUUCAGUGACAAAUACGUCCCUGUAACUGGGGGAUCAGUACUCGAUAUUGCCAAAUACUGUAGCUGUGUUCAAUAUUGCUGUACCUUGGGUCAAACCAGGGUGAGUGGGGCAUUGAUUGUGAUCACCUCUUCUCUGUUCUGCCAGGUCAGUGUUCAGUCAGUCUGAGGCCGCGGAGUCCAUGACGGAUGAUGAACCGUCAGCAGACCUGGGAUCAGGGUGGGGAGAUAUCCGUCACAAGAGAGAGGAGAUCAAAGAGAAUCUGACAGAGAGUGACCUGGAAAAGCAGGUGGAGUUGGUGUUGCAAGAGACUGAGACAAUCUGGUUGCUGGACAUGCCUGGUGUUUGUGUGUCAGCAGAAAAUGAAGAGGCAGAUAGCAUUAGGGAGCGCAAUCAACGCUAUAUUGAGCUGUCUAAGAGCCGUGCUGGUAAUGAUCGUUAUGUGGAGAAAGGAAUGAACACCUUUAAUGAGCCGUACAAGUUCAAAACUAUUCAAACUCAGAGGGUCACGUAUAGUGAUGCUGGAGUUAUGGCAACCAACUGGGAUAUGUAUGAUACAUAUGCAGCAGAAGAAGAUGCCAAAAAAGGCAGUACAGAUGAAGAGGAAGAGGACCAUGAAGGGACUAUUAGUCGACCAAUCAGUGAGACUAAAACAGGCAGUGGUGAGGAAACAACACGUGACCGGGCGCGCUUAGCCUCGGCAAGGUCCAAGUCUAGCGGCAGGGCUACUUUAGAGAGCCGUGGUACUAUGGUAUCCUCCACUGCAGGAACAGAGAGUUUGUUCACCAGUAAAGACACAGGAGUCACCGCUGUGUACCCAGAUGCUGCAGGCAGCACCGAAGAAAGCAUUCUCCAGUCUGACCGUUUGAAGAAGGACUUGUUCUUCAUGGAGAGGGUUGUGAAUCUAAACUCAUACCAGUCCAAGCAAGCCUCCUUUAGAGGAUUCUCUACAGUUGAAGAUAUUGACAAGGAGAAGUCUGAAGCUGUGGGAGGACAGAUCAGUGUGGCGGACAUGGGCCCUAACCUGGACAGGUUGUGGAGUUAUAACUGUCCCCUGACCAAAGGCAGGAAUGUCAGCUGUCUCUCAUGGAAUAGCCAUAACCAGGAUCUAAUCGCUGUGGGCUAUGGACAGUAUGACUUCACCAGACAGAAACCUGGCCUGGUCUGCUGCUGGUCACUAAAAAACCCAGAGUAUCCAGAAAGGACGUACACAUUUUCAGAGGGAGUUACAGCUUUAGAUUUCUCAAAGGCUAACCCAAACUUAUUGGUAGUUGGUUUAUAUAAUGGGGGUGUGGCUAUUUUUAAUGUGAGGUCUACCACUGAUGAGCCCAUCAUAGACAAUUUUUCGUCACCGGGAAAGCACACAGCCCCAAUCUGGCAGCUACACUGGAUAGAGAAGGAGCGGGGUUCCGGGGAGGAGAGAGCAGAGGUGCUGGUCAGUGUGUCCACAGAUGGCAGGAUCACACAGUGGUCCAUCAGGAAGGGAUUUGAGAGUUAUGAUCUGAUGAAGCUGAAGAGACUGCCGACCAGAAUGCAGGGCAGUAAGAACAAGGAGAAAAAGGGAGAGGCUUUUAUUUCUAGACACGCUGGAGGCUUCUGUGUGGAUUUUCAGAAACAUGACACAAAUAUCUACCUGGCCGGCACAGAGGAAGGUCAUAUACACAAGUGCUCAUGUUCUUACAAUGAACAGUACCUGGAGAGCUAUAAUGGACAUGCUGGUCCUGUGUACAAAGUGCUGUGGUCACCGUUUGUACCUGACCUGUUCCUUAGCUGUAGUGCAGACUGGAGUAUCAGGAUGUGGCACCAGGACCAGAUCAGCCCCAUCCUCAGCUUCUUCUCCUCAACCAAAUCUGUAUUUGACAUAUGCUGGUCUCCUCGGUCGUCUGUGGUGUUUGCCUGUGUGAAUGAAGCGGCCGUGGAAGUGUGGGACCUUAGUGUCAGCACACUUGACCCAGUGAUAGUGUACACCCCAGUCUCUGGAGCCAGACUAACUUCAGUCACAUUUGCCAUGAACUCCGAGUGCCUGCUGGUUGGAGACAGUGAAGGACAGGUAACUGUGUACCAGCUCAGAUGUAUGGCUCCAUAUCCAGAUAAACAGGCUGAAGAGUUGCAGAAGGUGAUCAGUGCAUCAUUGGCCACCCAGCUAAAACGACCCAAUGCCUUCGAGAAUUCCAGUGUGGACUCCAACAUGUCACAAGAAUUCUUUGACUAACUCCAAUGCAACCAAGACUUUUACCAAUAUUGGAAGUACUGUCGCCAUUGUUGAGCUGCGGCGUUUUAAUGGCAAGAACCAAAACUCCAUUCCGCUAUUUUUCAUUUGCUGCUGAUUCCAGUCAGUUAUUUUGUUUUAAUGCAAUUCCGUGUACACUUAUGUGUACGGAUGAGGCUGAUUCUGUUGCAUACAUGUAUAAGGAGUAUGUACAUUUCUGUGUUUCUAUAAUCCAUUGAUAUUCACCUGGAGACUUUUUUUCAUUUUCGUUGGCAGUAUGCUGUCUGCCUGAUGGCCUGAGAGUUUUUUUCUUACAUGGUAUUCCCCUUUUGUUCAGUAUUCCUGUCAGAAGGCUAAAGGCAUAUCUUUUUUC